UGGCGGACAAUCACAAUAUGCCAACCAGUGCUAACUUCAUGAAAAUGACAAGUGUUAACUAAUUGCUUUUCAGAUUUUUCCAUUAAUGUAUUUUUAAAAUCAAAAAAACAAUUAAAAGUUUCGAAAUUUAAAAGUUAGCGAAAUUGUGAAAAUUAUAUAGGACAAUUAUCAAAUAAUAAUUGGAUAAGAACGAUAUGGAACAUGACAGCUUUGUGAUGACAGCUGAUGAAAUUACUCACAAUUCAGUUUAACCUCAUUAACAGUGCGGUAUUGGUUUAUAACUAGAAAGUGUUCAAUAACGAAGCAGAUGGAUAAAAAAAAGCUCACCUUAUCAGUUAAAAAUUCUAUUAUGAUGGAGGACCUAAAAUUCAAAUUUUUAGGACUCCUCAAUAAACAGAAUCAACCUAAAAUACCAUCAAUGGGACUUCAUCCAGAUCUAUUGAAUCCUUUAAAUGCAAAUGAAUCACAAAAUUCUGAUGAUCGUUAUUCCGAAGCAGGUCAAUCUACUGAAAGUGAAGCAGUUCCAGAUCAAGAAAUUUUAGAAUCAAUUGAACAAAUUUAUUAUGAAGUUGACACUGAUUUUGAUCCUUGUAGAUAUGAACUUGAAAAACUACCAAAAGUAUUAAAUUCAAAAGAUAUUGAACGCUAUUAUAAAAAUUUAAAACAACAGCAACAAGUUGUUUCGAAAAAAGUUCUCCAACUAAUUCUUCAAAAGCAAAAUAAUUGUAAAGAAGAAUUUGAAAGAAUCUUAUUGGUACAGGAGCAACUUCAAGAUACUCUUGUAAUUUGUAGAGUUGGAAGGGCAGAUUUAAAUUUGGCGAGAAAACAAUUUACGACGGCCAGUUUAGGAAUUCUCGCUCACUAUCGAAAGAGGCAGAUUAUUGAAGAUUUACUUAGUAGUUUGAAUACUAUCAAGACUCUUCAACGAACCGAGGAUCGUCUGCAAGAACUUUUGAAUGAAGAAAAUUAUCCAGGAGCAAUUUCAUUACUUUUAGAAUGUCAAAGUGCAGCUCAAACUUUUAAACAUUUUCAUUGUGUUGCUGCUUUAAAUAGAAAACUUCAAGACACCUUGGAACAAGUUGAAGAAACAUUAGAUGUUACUCUUGCAAAAUUAUGCACACAAUUUGACGUGACAAUAUAUUCUUCUGUUCAGGAAGCUUAUAAUUUAUUAGGAAAAUCCCAAACGGCAAUGGAUCAACUUCAUAUGCAUUUUACGGCAGCAAUUCAUAAUACCGCUUUUACUGCUGUUUAUUCUUUUGCUGGUGGCGAUUUAAAAAAACAAUAUAAACAAUUAUGUCGUUCAAUAAGUCAUGAAAAUUUUAUUCCCUGUUUAACGGAACUAUGUAAAUCAAUGUGGGCAAUUCUCAGCUCUUAUUUUCUUAUUGUCAGAUGGCAUGAUUCAAAUGAAAAUCAUGCAACUCAAGAAUCAAUAAAUAAUAAAGACAUUGAAUCUAAUUUUAAUCGACAGUACAUCAAACAAAAAUUAGAAAAUGGAGUUGUUAGAAUUUGGCAUGAUGUCGAAACAAAAAUAUCGACUUUUAUGGGAACGGAUUUGUCAAAUUUUAAAUUUGAACAAUUUGUUCAGGUCUUAGGAAUUAUUAAUAGAAUGAUGAAAAUUGGAGAAGAAUUAUGUGCAAGCAGAUCGGAGAAUUUGCAAGAAUGUAUUAGAAAACAGUGUUUGUCUUAUUUUUUAAACUAUCAUGCCUUAAGAUUAGAUGAGUUAAGGAUAUUUUUGGAGAACGAUGGAUGGGAGCUUUGUCCUGUAAAAACAACUUUCGCGGCGAUGCAACUUCAGGAGUUUAAAAGUUUAAAACCUAUUUUUAACAGCCUUAAAAAUUGGAAUGCCUCCGAAAGUUCAAGUUUGUCUGAAAAUGAAAAUUGCCUCUCUAAUGGAUGGUUACAAAGAUGUUUAGAUGGAGGAACAUCACCUUUUGAUGUUGGUUUAGACGAGACAAUGGAUGAAGAUAUUUUAGCAAAUACCGGGGAUGAAUUAUCAGGAUAUUUUUCUGAUGAUUCAGAAGAUGAUAUGUCUGAGGAAAUUCGUCACGAUUAUGUUGAAGAGUCUGAACAUGGAAAAGUGAUAAAAAAGAAGCACAAAGCAAAACAUACUGGACCAAUUGUUACUAAUACAACCUUGAGUGUUCUAAGAGUCUGUGGACGAUAUUUGCAAAUGAUAAGACUAUUAAAAUCAAUUGCCGAAACUGUAAUUCAAAGCAUGAUUCAAUUUUUUGAUCUUUAUUUCUAUACAGUUCAUUCGUUUUUUACUUCUGAUCUUGCAAUAACAAGUGAUUCUUUGUACAGUCAAAAAUUGAAACUUGCUUUAAUUCGAAUGAAAGAAAAUCUUAUAUUUAAUGAAAUUGAUAUCGAAAAUCCAACGAGUCGAUAUCACAAGGUUCAACAACCACAAUUGUCUCCUAUUGUGAAUCUCACGCAACCCGAAAGACUUCAUGGAUUGACUGAACGAGCUGUAGCUGUAGAAUCUUUAAUAUUUUUAGGUGAUCAGUAUGGGAGUUUUAGACAUUAUUUUGAACAUUUAAUAUCGAAUAGUCCGGAGAAAAAUUAUCUUCAUCAAUUUUAUGAUAAUACGAUAACUUCAGUAACGGAUUUACGAAAACCGGUUUAUAUGGCUGUAGUGUCACAAGCUCUUGAUAUUACCGGAGUUUUGAAUCUCAUGACAAAAGUGAAUUGGGAAGUGAGAGAUGUGAUGUCUCAACACAGUAGUUAUGUUGAUAAAAUUUUAAAGGAAAUGGAAGUAUUACGUGUGAGACUUAAUGAUAUUGGAAAUCGUGUGCCUUUGCCUAGAGAAGUGUACAUUGCAAUAUGGGAAAAUGUGUCCCAUUUGGUCACUCGAACCUUAGUAGAAGGAUUUUCGAAUGCUAAAAAAUGUUCUAAUGGAGGAAGAGGAUUGAUGCAACUUGAUUUUACUCAAUUAACAUCAAAGUUUGAGAGCUUUACUACUUUGAGACCAAUGCCGCACAAAGAAUACGUUGAAUUAUAUAUUAAAGCCUUUUAUUUAACAGAAGACAAAUUGGAAGAAUGGAUAAAAGAACAUAAAGAAUACUCAACAAAACAAUUGAAGGGACUUGUUUCUUGUACUUGUCAAAACAACAAAAAAACGCGACAAAGGUUAAUAGCAGUAGUUGAGGAUCAAAGACCAAAUAGAUAGCAUCAAAUUAUUCGUUACAACAUUCCCGAAGAGAACAUCGAAGUGGAAGGAAUCGAUCUAUUAAAAAUUGAUUGUACAGUUCAAUCAAUUCAAUGAAUCUCCAGUGAAAAUUAAUUGCCUUCCAAAAAGUUCAUGGCAAAUAAAUUGUAUAUAUUAUAUAAAAAAAAAAAAGAAAAGAAAAGACAAAAUCGCCAUAAACAUAUCUAUGCGUGAAACGCUUUCGUGAAUCUUUUAGUAAUUAUUAUUAUUAUUAUUAUUAUUAUUUUUUUAUAGUAUUUUUAAAAAAAAAGAAAUAGAAGUAAAACCGUUAUUAUUGUAUUUUUAGUUUUUAUUUAUGUACAGUAAUGGCUUACGUUUUGAUUUAUUUUGUGUUAAUUUGUACAAAAUUUGAAUCUCAUAAAUGCUGUCUACCGUGCAAAGUUGAUAAUUUUUUAUAUAUCUAAGAAUUGUUGUCGCAGAAUACAUUAAUCUGUUUUUACAUUUAAUAUAUAUAUAUAUAUAUUUACGCUCAUUGUAAUCAAUUUGAAAAUUUUUCCGUCUUUUGUGAAAGUGAGACAGAUAUUAUUAUUAUUAUUAUUAUUACAAUUAUGUUUCCUCAUAUUUUUUUUACAAUUUAAAAUAAGAGGAAUUUUAAUUUCUUCUUACAUCGAACGAAGCGUAGUAAUAAAGUCAUAUAAUUAUUUUAUUGAAAUAA